AUGCCGUCUCUCAACCAGCUCUGUCAAAACUGCGGCUUGCCUCGUGCAUCCCCGCCUCCCAACCUCGAUACCAUGUUCGAAGAAGAUUUCGAAAGAUGUUUCAUCUGCCAACAGCCUUGCAAGGGCCUGUACUGUUCAUCGGAAUGUCGACUUCGUGAUCAAGGUACACCUUCACCUGCUGUUCGAGCGAACCACGGUCCUGUAAAAAUCACUUCGCAAUUACCCGUUUCUCUUAGUCCACUGGUCCGACCGACUCAGCAUCCAGGUCGAUCUCCUCGACCUUUACCUCAGAAUCGAGGGUCCAGCUCGGUCUCUUCCGGAUCUUCAUCCGUCUCAUCAUCUCCUCUCCAAUCUCCCCAGACGAACCCUUCAGAAGUCGAUUCCCCGAAAAGAGACACUUUUGAUCUUCCUCCUCCCGCCUAUCCCACCAAGCAAUUCGGUGCCGCUCCUGCAUCCGUACCGAUGAAAAUCCCCGCUCUCGCUGCCAGAGCCUCUCCACUGGUUGCUCCAAGUCAGACACCUGGAUCCGUGGGAUCGACCGUCUACCCCAUUGGAGCUUCCAUAGAUACCUUGCGAUUCGGUCGAAAGCCAAGUGCCGUCAAUAGUGUGAUAUCGCCCAACGCCCUGAUACCACGAUGUGCUUGUGGUAAACCCGCUAACCACAAGAGCCGAGCGUCAAGUAAAGACAGAGCCGAUCUUAUCGAUUCCGGAUUCUCUCGACUUAGCUUAGGUCCCUCUCGAGCUCAGGAAGAACCUGCACCCAGAUCUUCGCGGAUAGUAUCCGAAUCCUCCAUCCCACCUUUCACACCUGGUCGAAAAACCGUUCCACUCGGUAUACCUUCGAGUCCUCAGGUGACAGCAUCCACAUCUCUCUUAUCCCGAUCUCGAUCUGAUCCUAUACCCAGUUCACCUCAGGCGCAACGAAAAGCCAUACCCUCCGUUCCUAACGUCAUUACCCCUAGUCAUAGGGAAAACAACGGUGUGCCAUUAUCGCCGAUUGUCCCUGCUCAAUCGACAGUCGCUCGACCAGGUAGAAGCCGGAACGCUCUGGACGUAGCUAUUGAUUCGCCCAGAAGGGGUAGAUCGAGGGAGCGACAGGAACAUCACGUGGGGGCUAUGACUUCCAAUUUCGGUGGACCAGCAGAUAGAGAACAGGCUCCUUCUAGAUCUAGGACGAGAAGAAGAUCGGAUUCUCGUGAUCGGGCUAGAGGAGGUAGAAGUUCACGUGACAGGGAAAUGGAAAGGCCAGCAGAAAGAGACCAUCAUUCAGAUCAUACAUCACCUAUAAAUCAGACGCAAACACCCCAAAUCUUGCCUUCCUGGUCUAGACGAGCUUCUGAAGCUACGGCGGAUAGAAGAAAGGUAUUAGCUGAGGGGUUCGCACCUGCCAUGAGACGUACAGCUAGUAACGGCAAGUCCUCGCCUGUGUAUGAUAGGCAGAGCGAGGAUGAGAAACAGAGAAAGAGGGAAGAAAUCAGUAGAGCGAGUAAACAAUUAGGACAAGUCUUCGGUGUGGCUGCUGGAUAA